AUGGAGAAAGUUCGUCUCCCAUGCAUGUACACGUGUCCCUUGACCUCGUUUCGACAGAUCUCCAUGGUGGUGACCGCUGAGUCUUACGGAUCCGCGCACUGGGACAGGGGGAGCUACGUGUGCUCGCGGUGCUCCAACGUACUCUUCUCCUCCCAGGACAAGUUCAAGGGCCCCUGCAUCUGGCCGAGCUUCAGGAGAGCAGCGAGGGAAGAUUCUGUUGAGGAGAGGGACGCUGCAGGGUACAACGGGUACACGUGUGCGACUGUAGAGCUCUACUGCUAUCAGUGCAAGUUGUUCCUGGGGCACAAGUUUGAGGAUGGGAGAGAAACUGGGGACGAGCAUGUCGAUGCACGGUGGAGAUGUUGCAUACUGACGCUGUCCCUGUGCUUCCAAGGAGACGAGAGCAGAGAAGGAUAA